GUGCUGUUGAGAUUGUGAGAGGCCGCCCAUCGCUCGCCGUCCCAAACCCUAACGCUUGAUACACCGUGAGAAGGGGAAAGAGGAGAAGGCCCCCAAACCCUUGCAAACCCCGAGUCCCCACCAUGGCGUCCCUCCUCCUCCGCCGCCGCCACGCCGCGCACCCAAGCGCCGCCGCCGCUUCCACCCGCCUGCUUCGCGCCUUCUCCGCGCUCCCCGACGUUGAUCCCUCGGCGUCCCCCGCCGCAACCCGUACCCCGGCCGCUCCCACCCCCACCUCCGCGGUGCUCGACCUCCAGCUCGCCGUCCGCGCCGAGGCCGACCCGGCCCGCAUCCACUCCCUCGUCGCCUCCGCGCUCUCCAACCACGACCUCCCGCGCCUCCACACCUCGCGCCACCUCUUCUCCCUGGCCACCUCCCGCCUGACCCGCCUCCGCCGCCCCGACCUCGCCGCCUCGCUCCUCCACCAGCUCCUCGCCUCCGCGCCGCCCUCCCCGGGCCUCCUGGCGCGCGCGCUUUCCCUCUUCCCGGGCCCCGAUGACGCGCUCCGGGCCUUCUCCGCCUCGCCCCCCGCCGCCCGCUCCGACGUCUCGCUCUCGGCGCUCCUGUCCGCGCUCCUCCGUGCCGGCCGCCUCGACGACCUCAAGUCCACCUUCGCCUCCGCGGAGUCCUCGCUCGGGGUCGCGCCCGCCCGCGCCUCCCACAACGUGCUCCUUCACGCGCUGGUCAAGAACUCCGAGCUCGCUGCUGCCCGUAAGCUGCUCGACGAAAUGGCCAACAAGAAGUUGAAGCACCGCCCUGCCCCGGACAUCAUAUCCUACAACACUGUCCUUGCUGGGUACUCCGUGCAGGGUGAUGAGGAGGGAUUUGAGAAGCUUCUGAAGGAGAUCAGUGCGAGCAAGCUGGAGCCAAAUGUUGUCACCUACAACUGCCGGAUACAGUGGUUCGCCAAGAAAGGCGAGACAGUCAAGGGGGAGGAGCUGCUUGAUGUGAUGGAAUCGAAGGAGGUGGCGCCUAAUUACCUUACCUACAAUGCUCUCGUACAGGGAUACUGCAAGGAGGGGAAUGUUGGGCCAGCGAUGCGGGUGUUCAAGAGGAUGAAGGUCAUGAAGAGGCGGGAGGGGAGAAGUGACUUGGGUGUGUCUGCACAUUCACAGACAUAUGUGGUGCUGUUUAGGAGCUUGGUGGAGAAAGAGAAGCUUGAUGACGCACUGUGGAUUUGUAAGAGCUGCUUUGCGAUGAAGGCAGCACCACCAUUUGAGGCUGUUAAGGGUUUGGUUGAGGGGUUGGUGAAGAGUGGGAGGUCUGAAGAGGCUAGGAAUGUUGUUGCAAAGAUGGAUUUACUUGUGAAAGGUGAUGCUAAGCUUGCUUGGGGGAAGGUUGUUGGUGAACUGUCUCUUGAAGAUGGAGCACCAAGUUCAAAUCCAUGAUUUGCUAGAGGCAUCUGUGUUACUUCUGAUUGAUUCAUGUGUUUUGGACCUUGAACAAUGAUGACGACGAAGAAGAUAGGCUUUCACAUGGGAUCCGGUGCUGUCCUCGAGUUGUCACUGGGUUGUUUUUCUAAAAACUCCAUGGUUAGAUCAGGAUGUGAUGGAUGUCUCUCUAAAGCUGAACGGUAAGAGGUGCCAUUCCAUAAUCCCUUUACUGUAAGAGCUUGCUCUAUUUUUGUGUCUUCUAAUAAUAUUUAAAAUGAUGUUAAAUUUUAACAUUUGUUGAAGUGGUGAGGGGAUUGUGAUAGAUUAUACAUCUACUAUCUUGCACUGUAACAUGUUAGUUAUAACGUGCGUUUUAUGUCUCAUAACGUAAUUGUUCUGCUUCUCCUUUGAAAA